AUGUCUUAUACACUAUUAAGGAGGUCGAUUACACAUUUUCCCAUCACUCAAAACCAUAUCUACGCAUCAAUGUUAUUUGACACGACAUACCAGCAAUUAUCCGGUAUAGACAGACGUUUUGCAUUCUCCCUUUUCAAAGGUUUUACGAAAUUCAGGCGAUUCUGUUCUCCGACAAGUCCAGCUAAUGAAGACCGUAGGUUAGAACGGACUCCUUCGACACAUUUAGCAAAGUUGCCAACAGAUUCCACUUCUAGCAAAGGGGAGGCAAAUGCAAUUAACGAAAAUUCAUGGCAAGUGAUCACAUCCCGUUAUUCCCCACGUUCAACACAGACAUUUCGUCAAAUACAGAACACGACUUUUGACUCGGGGAAGCACCCCAUUCCCCAUAUGCAGACUAUCAAGGUGAAAUUGAGAUGGCCAAUAACACAAUCAGUUCUUGUUAAUCGCCUGCAUCCUUUGCAUAACGAGUUUGAUAAAAAGAUCCUUGCUGCACACUACACGUUCAAAACAUGCUUACCGAAGCACAACUUCGCCCAUCAAACAAUGAAAAAUAUACUCAGAGAACCACAGAAAAAAAAACAAAACAGCAAUAAAGAAGCAAUUGUAUUUCAGUUGUUUUUAGGGAAAAUAAUAAUGCAGUAA